AUGAGAUCUCUGCUUGUCAUCGCUGCUCUUUUGGCUGUCACUGCCCUUGCUGCCGACUUUGAACCCGUCAAAUACAAAGCCUGCCGUUCCAAAUUCGAAGUCAAAUCCGUUGAAGCCAUUGGCUGCCCCAAGGACGCCAAGCAACGUUGCCUCUUCAAACGAAACAGCGAGCCGGUCAUCAGAAUCGGAUUCGUUCCCGAUCGCGAUGUCGACGCUCUGGAGACCAAAGUCCGCGCCAAGAUCGAGCAAACCUUCAGCGAGUUCAGUCUGGAGAACACCAACGCUUGCAAAGGCCAGAAUGUGACCUGUCCAUUGAAGGCCGGCCAACUCUACUACUACAGCCAGAAGGUCAAGGUCGCUGAGGAAUACCCGACCGUCAAUGUGCUGGUCAAUUGGCUUCUCAAUCAUCCCAGCACUUUCGAGGACCCCAAAUACAAGGACGAGGAAGGAAACAGAAACCUCAACGAUCUCUGCAUUCUGUUCCACGCCAAGGUCGAGGCCUAA